GUAAACGCUCUGCAAUUGAUUUGGCAUCAGAAAGGUCAUCAAAACGAAUCUAUAUUGAUUAUUCUGAACAUCUUGUGAAAGCACUUAGUAUACCAUUUGAUCAAGUCCCUCCCUUUGAAAAUUUAGAAAGUUUUCUUCAAGAGACACUUAUUGAACCCAUUCCUGUCAGAACUAACUAUGUUCAAAUACAUUGUAAUGUCAUUAAUAUCAACAAAAUGAUAAAAGAUGAAACAGAAAAUAUUGAUUUGAAUGGUAAUUUUAUCACGACUCCUUUGAUUUCCUUGCUAGCUGAAAAUGCUUUAGGAUUAACUAUCACUGAAGGGAGUGAGAUGGAUCAAGGUUCUGUUAUUAACAAGCUUAUCAAAGAUCCAUUAACAACUUUAAGUGAAAAAGAUGACAAUAUAGAGAUUUCUAUGGCUCGAAAUCUAACAGAUAACUCAACAGCAACAACAAAGAAAUCUUGUCCAGACUUUUCUGUUUGGUUGGAGAGAAAGAUUUUGAUUUUUAAGGGAGAAGAGAAAAGAUAUGUUGAAGAUUUUGAUGAAGCUGUUAAUGAACUUGAAUCAAAAAUGAAAAUCUGGAAUGUGCUGUUUUAUGGUGAUGUUCCAUACAUACUUGCAUAUGCUGCUGCAGGUUAUCGGCUUGGAUUUUUUGCCAUCAACAACAAAAAAGAAUUAAUCAAAAUUUCUAAACGGUUUAGGCUUACUGAUCCUAAGGACAGAUUGCAAAUUCUUAAAUGUGUAAUUAAUAUUUAUCGCAUUAUAGCAACUUUAAAAAAGUUUGUUCCAAAGUAUUUCAUUCGCCUGUAUGAAAAUAUUUAUCGACCUCAUGAAACAGUUGUACAAAUACAUGAUAGUUUUAUUGUCAAAACAAUUAACAAUUAUUCAACUUUCAUUAAUGGGGAUUUUGAUCUCAUGAAAGCAUUAUAUAAAGAUACAGCUGAUAUUGCAAACCUUAUACAUUCAUGUGACAAGUGUGGGAAACCAGAUCUUCCCACUUUAUUUAGAAAGAAGUACAAGGUGACAUUGGCACCAUUGGGUUAUCGAUUCAAUCCUACAAAAGAAUCAGAACUUAAAACUGCUAUUCAAACUGUUCUUGAAGUUAUUAGAGAUAUGCAUUCUAUUGGAUAUGUACACCGUGACUUACGAUGGCCAAAU